CGGGCUCGCGCCGGCUACAAAGCGGCGAAGGUCACGGCGCGAGCUGGAGCGCGCGGGCCGCUGGGAGUCCCUUUUGCGGCCCGCGCCCCUUGCCCACCGACUCGGCCCGGAAGCCAUGGAGGGAGUGAGCGCGCUGCUGGCCAGCUGCCCCACCGCCGGCCUGGCGGGCGGCCUCGGGGUCACGGCGUGCGCUGCCGCCGGCGUGGUGCUCUACCGGAUUGCGCGGAGGGUAAAGCCAACACACACGAUGGUCAACUGCUGGUUCUGCAACCACGAUACACUGGUGCCCUAUGGGAAUCGCAACUGUUGGGACUGUCCCCACUGUGAGCAGUACAAUGGCUUUCAAGAGAAUGGAGACUACAACAAGCCAAUCCCAGCACAGUACAUGGAGCACCUGAACCAUGUGGUGAGCAGCGUGCCUAGUCCCCGGGACCCCGCACAGCCACAGCAGUGGGUGAGCAGCCAGGUCCUGCUGUGCCGAAGGUGCAGCCACCACCAGACCACCAAGAUCAAGCAGCUGGCUGCUUUCACACCACGGGAGGAGGGCCGCUAUGACGAGGAGAUUGAGGUAUACCGCCACCACUUGGAGCAGACGUACAAGCUGUGCCGCCCAUGCCAGGCGGCCGUCGAGUACUACAUCAAACACCAGAACCGCCAACUGCGUGCCCUGCUUCUCAGCCACCAGUUCCGGCGUCGGGAGGCUGACCAGGCCCAUGGGCAGAGUUUCAGUUCCUCGGCAGUGAAGGCCCCAUUCCAGGUCAUCCUGCUCCGUGCCCUGGCCUUCCUGGCCUGUGCCUUCUUGUUGUUCACUACACUGUAUGGGCCCAGCGAACCCUUCACCCCGGGGGCUGCCUUGCCCCCAGCCCUACCUCCUGGGGGCAACAGUUCUGCGGCCUCGGACAACACCACUUCUCAGGCGGAGGGCUGGCAGCAGCUGCUGGGCCUAUUGCCUGAGCAUGCCACAGAGAAGCUACAUGAGGCCUGGGCCUUUGGGCAGAGCCACCAGACCAGCAUUGUGGCAGUGGGCCUGCUCACCUGCCUGCUGGCCAUGCUGCUGGCUGGCCGUAUCAGGCUCCGGCGGAUCGAUGCCUUCUCCACCUGCCUCUGGGCCCUGCUGCUGGGGCUGCACCUGGCAGAGAAUUAUCUACAGGCUGCCUCACCCGGCUGGCUAGACACACUCAAGUUCAGUACCACGUCCCUGUGCUGCCUGGUGGGCUUCACCGCAGCUGUGGCUACAAGGAAAUCGACAGGCCCACGGAGGUUCCGGCCCCGAAGGUACUUCUCAGGAGACUCUGCCAGCCUUUUCCCUUCCAACCCCAGCCUGGCUGUGCCCUACCCAAGUGUCACAUCCUCGCCAGCAUCCCUGUUCAUCCCCACCCCACCUGGCUUCCUGCCUCUCACCAAGCAGCAGCUCUUCCGAUCUCCCCGUCGGGUCUCCCCCUCCUCACUGCCAGGCCGCCUCAGUCGGGCCCUCUCGCUGGGAACCAUACCUCCUCUGACCCGGACUGACUCAGGAUACCUGUUCAGCGGGAGCCGGCCACCGUCUCGGGUGUCUCCAGCAGGGGAGGUUUCUCUUUCAGAUUACUUUUCUCUGCUGUCCAGCAGCUUCCCUGCUUCUCCCCUCCCUUCCCCAGCACCUUCCGUGGCCAGCUCCAUGGCCUCCAGCUCUGGCUCCUUGCGCCACCGCAGGCCCCUCAUCAGCCCUGCACGGCUCAACCUGAAAGGACAGAAACUGCUGCUGUUCUCAUCCCCUGGGGAAGCGCCAAAUACCCCCAGCAGCUCAGAGGAGUACUCGCCACCCAACGGCAGCCUCUUCAUUGAGUCUCCCCAGCUGCCGCAGAGGAAUGGCACUCGGGACACAAAGCGCACCAUGGAGAUGAGGUCGAUGGUGGCCAGAGACAGCGCCCGCAGUAGCCACUCCAUCAAGAAAGAGGACGAGUCGUCCCAGUCCUCCACCUGCGUCGUAGACACCACCACCAAAGGGUGCUCAGAGGAGACCACUCCCUGGAAAGCUCGUGUCAGUCCCUCCCUGGUCCGGGGCCUCCUGGCUGUGAGUUUGGCAGUCAAUGCUCUCUUCACCUCAGCCUACCUGUACCAGAGCCUGCGCUGACCUCCGAGCGCCCUUCCCGAGGGCAGCGCCAGGUGCAAGCUGCUUCCGACACUGGCGCUGAGAUCCCUCUCCGAGGGGCUCUGUCUCUGCCUUGACCUCCUGGGUCAAGUCCCUGACCUCAGGAUACCUGCUGUCCACCCAACAGACUGCAAACAUCAAUUGUGUUUGGUGCUGAUACUCUGACCCCAAAACCAGGGAUCUCUGACAGGCUUGCCAGGCCCCAGGGACACUACUGCUCCUGUAGCUCUGGCAGGGACCAACCAGGCUGCCUGUGCCCUUCUGUUGCCUCCGAGACACCAGAGGUCUGCUGCAGAGCCCCACCAAGAACCAAGAUGAAGAAAGCCCCUGAGAGAUGCACAUGGAGCCUGGAUCACUUCAUCCUCACACCUGCCCCCUCCAGAGAGCCUGGCUCCCUGCAUCAGGCAGCAGCCGCCCAUCUCGCCCCAACUGUUGGCUCCAGGCAGGGCUGAGCAGCAGGGAACCUGGGGCUCAAUAAACCCAUGAUCUCCUGCCUCACACACCUGUUUGUGACUUUCCCAGCAAGUAGCUCUGUUACCGAGAACACCAGAGCUCCCCUUGUCUCCCCCUCUCUCAUCCAGGGUCCCUGCCUGACCCACCAGUUGCUCGUGAGCUGCACAGUUCAGAUGAGACUGGACCCUCCCUUACUCCUGAGCCCUGCUCUCCUCUCCUCCAUCCUGUCCCAAUCUGUGUCCCCCUUGACCUGUGGCUCCAGGCCACCGGCAUUGGUGCCUACGUGCCCAGCCACUGCCUGCUGAGGGCACUGCAGGCUUGCUGGAGCACGCUGGAGCACAUCCUGUCCCAUGAGGGAGGAGGAGGAGCGUUGGCCUAACACUGGCUGUUUCGAUAGUGUGGGGGCUACAUGUGCCUGUAGGGGUCAGGCCUUGGCCCUGUGCGUGUGUGUGUGUGUAUGUGUGUGAGCGUGUGUGUGUGUGUGUGUGUGUGUGUGUGUUUGUAUCAUACCCCUGGGGAUUCUUGGGGGAGGGGCAUGGGGAAGGGAAGGGUCUUCACUGUCAUUCAGGGAUAAAAUUUAACUUUAUUUUUCUACACAUCUGUUGCCAGGUGAGGCACAUGCUUUGAAGCAGAUGCCUCCAGCCCUCCCUGCUGGGAGGUGGUCUCUUAAGCUCUGGGUGCUUUUAGUACUUUUUUUUUUUUCUUUUUUAACUGUAGGGAAGCAGCCCUGACCUUACCUCUCCACUCCUGUCCCGGGAGCUCUCAAUACUAUCCUGGAUUGCCUCAUACCAGUCAGGGGUCAGGACUCUAUGAGUCCAGCUGCCACAAAGGGUUCAGCUUGGAGGUGACACCUCUUUUGGUCUACAUUUGUUCAAUGGAUGCAUCAAGUUUCUAAAUUUUAUUUCCUGCCUAAAGAAACCAAAUUGUCCCUCGGCAUCCUUGUCUCCAGCCCUGAGGAAACGCCUAAAGAGAAGCUCUGGCCCCUCCCAGCAGGGCAGCCUGGCACCCUGCGCACCCAGGGGAGGGCUUUUAUGUUUUGAUUCAUAUAUAAACACGAUGUUAUUUUUCUUUACAAAAGCAAAAAAAUAAAAACCGUACCAACCUUUGACUUGUA